AUGUCAUCUGGUAUGGCUUCUCUGCUCGUUUGCCUCGCUACUUUAUCAUCGUCUUUGGUCGUGUUAGCUCAACGUGGUGAGAGUUGUAAAGCCAUGAGCAGUCCAAUUUAUGACUGCUCACAAACUAUUUAUUCGGACUGCAAGAAUGCAACAUUCGUCACUGAUCGUUCUACUUUUAGUAAAAAUUGUUCACAGGUGUCCCUCUUUUGGGAUGCACCACUGUACAACAUGACCCUUCUCUUCGACAGUGAUCUUAUCGGACCCUAUGAACUGUGUCUUGAACGGAUGAUGUGUACAACAGCGUUUCUUACAAAGAACGAUGGUAGUGAAGUUGAAAUCAAAUGGGAAAAAUUCAAUGAACCAGUCUGCUUUAAAAGUCAACAAGACAUACCCAUCAUGCAGUUUCGAUUCGAUGCUGGAGAACGUUGGCACUGCUACGGAUCAUUCAUCAAUUUCUUCUUUCGUCAAUAG